AUGUGGAAGUGUUGUACUAAGACUAACUCUGAUUACUAUCAGCCGUUUCUAAUGGCGAAGAAAGCUGUUGAGGAAGAGAAUUCUAAAGAGCUCGUAGCUUUAUCUCGCAAGUCGCAAGCAUUCUCUGAAGCAAGCCGAGGAGUGAUUGAGGUGAGCUAUCUCGUCCUCAGCUCUGUGCAGAAAUGGCCGAAGCUACUCGUCUCACAACCUUAA